CUAACAGCUAACAGCUGACAGCUGACAGCCUGGAGUCCAGUGAGUGACAGGAAGCUGGUCCGUCGCUGUGUGUGGUCCGGGUCCGGGUCUGAGAUGCUGUUCAGACCAUUUGAAUGUGUGCCCGUGUUCCUGUCGGUGUCACUGCUCGUGUUAGAACUGUGUCGGUGUGUCCGUCUGACGGGGAUCUGAUUCCGGUUCCCCGUCCUGACUGGCUCCGGUUCCGGUAAAUCCCGGUGCCCUUUCACCCAGUUUCUCUCUCCCGUGUCUUUAACAGCCCAUUCAAGAUGCCUGGAUCAGCUCAGAUCAGUUGUAUGGGACCAUGGCCCAAAGACGUGGGCAUCAUCGCCAUGGAGCUGUACUUCCCGGCCCAGUAUGUGGACCAAACCGAGCUGGAGCAGUACGACGGCGCGGCAGCCGGCAAAUACACCAUCGGCCUGGGCCAAGCUCGCAUGGGCUUCUGCUCGGACUGCGAAGAUAUCAACUCCUUGUGUCUGACUGUGGUCCAGAGGCUGAUGGAGAGGAACGGCCUGUCCUACGACAGCGUGGGUCGACUGGAGGUCGGCACAGAGACCAUCAUCGACAAGUCCAAGUCCGUCAAGACGGUCCUCAUGCAGCUGUUUGAGGACUCGGGGAAUACAGAUGUGGAGGGCAUCGACACCACAAACGCCUGCUACGGCGGCACGGCAGCGCUCUUCAAUGCCGUCAACUGGGUAGAAUCCAGCUCAUGGGACGGCCGUUAUGCUUUGGUGGUAGCGGGGGACAUCGCAGUCUACGCAACAGGAAGUGCACGGCCCACAGGGGGAGCUGGUGCAGUGGCCAUGCUGGUGGGACCGAACGCACCUCUGGCCUUUGAACGAGGUCUGCGAGGAACUCACAUGCAGCACGCGUACGACUUCUACAAGCCUGACCUGAUGUCGGAGUACCCUGUGGUGGACGGCAAGCUGUCCAUCGAGUGCUACCUGGGGGCCUUGGACCGCUGCUAUUCAGUGUAUCGCAACAAGAUCCACGCUCAGUGGCAGAGAGAGGGCUUGGAGAACCGCUUCAGCCUGGAGGACUUUGGUUAUCUCGUCUUUCACUCCCCGUACUGUAAGCUGGUGCAGAAGUCGUUGGCCAGACUGAUGCUGAACGACUUUCUGAGCCACCCCAGCCCCAACACCGAGACGGGACCCUUCACUGGCCUUGACGCCUUCAGAGAUAUUCGACCAGAAGAAACCUACUUUGACCGGGAUGUGGAGAAGGCAUUCAUGAAGGCCAGUGCCGAUCUGUUUGAGAGGAAGACCAAGGCCUCGCUGCUGAUCUCCAACGAGAACGGAAACAUGUACACGCCCUCCGUCUACGGCUGCCUGGCAUCUGUCAUUGCACAACACACACCGUCGCAGAUCGCAGGACAGAGGGUCGGACUUUUCUCCUACGGUUCAGGAUUUGCUGCGACUCUGUAUUCUCUCCGCGUCACACAGGACCACACCCCCGGAUCUACUUUGGACAAACUGGUGUCGAGCCUGAGCGACCUGAAGGUCAGACUGGACUCCAGGAAGAAGGUUUCACCUGCCGUCUUCUCUGAGAACAUGAAGCUGAGGGAGGAGACGCACCACUUGGCCAGCUACAUCCCUCGAGGCUCGGUGGAGGAUCUGUUCCCAGGAACGUGGUACCUGACGCGAGUGGACGACAAACACCGCAGGGAAUACGCCCGCACACCUCUGGACCGCGACCUGCCGGCGGAGCCCGAACUUCUCGCUCGCUCCAACGCAACCACAGAGCAGCACAUCCCGAGUCCAGCCAAGAAGAUGCCUCGCAUCCCCCCCACCACCACCAUCAUCCCCGAGGCGGCCGUCAGCAACUGAGAGCGUCCGUCUGUCUCCAAGAGGAAUCACCGCCCAGAAACCAGUCCCCUCCAGGUCAGGAGAGGGCACCUCCCACUUUAUCAUAACUCCAACUUCAUUAGCUCGGAGCAGUGUUGAGACGCUGGACACCCCAUCAUGCCCCUGCUGGCCACAUGUGACACUGUCGGACAGUAAGAAUUAGUUUUAUUUUAAAGUUGACAUUUUUACACGUGCUCCCUUUUUGCAUUUGUGCAAAACUGGACAGUUGUUAAUCUGGGAGCGGCUCAGGCAGAUGUUUGUGAAACAAGCGGACUUCCUGCUGGCAGCUGGCAGCCGGCGACAGGAAGAGGAAGUGGACAUAAUUAACGUGGCUUCAGGCCUCCUGCUGAUUAACAGAAAAACGUGAGGUGGGCCUCAACUGUGUGUGUGGAUGAAAAUAGUGCUGCUGCUGCUGCCAUGGCAACCCAGUGUGAGACAGAGCUCUUACCCCCAUGAACACACACACACACUCUGCUGUUUGUGAACUUAACGUGUUUUCUAUGAAGAGACAUGGUCAGUUUUCAUCUCCACUGGGGACAGGUGAUGCUCACACACACACACAACACACACACACACACACACACACACACACACACACACACACACACACACACACACACACACACACACACUAACAUCUAGACCCACUGAGUGAGAAGCUGCUGUUAAGUUUCACUUCCCAAACUCGUCGAGGUUUAAUAAAACAACCUCAGUGUUCGUUCUUAUAUUCUGUCUUUUCUUUGGUGAAUGUUCUGUAGAUUAUAAAAUACAGAAUGUCCCUCAGUGGAGCUCGGACCUUUGACAACAAUCAAUCAAGUAAAUGAACCCAAAUCACAGUCCUUCAUAAAUAUCAGUGCUUUAAAUCAGUCAGAUUAUUUUUUAUCAAUGUCCAUGAAUUAUUCUCUGAGAAAUCAAUGAAAAUUACGUUUUACUUUCUUAAAGAAAGAGAAGAAACCCGUCUUCGUACCAAGUUUGGUGGAAAUCUGUUCGUAGUUUAUUCUCUCAAACUGACGGAAUUCAAUCUUAGUAAACGGAACCUUUUUGUUCUGUCGCUCCAGGAAAUAUAACUGAACUUAAUCGUCAUAUUUUUCUCUAUUUUUUAAAUGUUUUUCCAGAGCAGGUGAUGGUAUGAAUUACAUGAUUGUAUUGGAUAUGAUUUGCUCUGAAUUUGUCUUUCCAAUGCCAGUACAUGUGUAGUAACAUGUACAGUCACAGUUCAUUGUAUAGAUCUGUGUUGAAAUGAGGAAUGUGAAUUUACUAAACUGUUUUGUUUUCUUUGUUCUCGUAACAAUACGACUUUAUUCUUGAAGUCUGGUCCUGACUCUGGUGUCCUAGAGAAAGUGAGUUAGAUGAAAGCGUUGCCAUGGCGGCAGCAUCCCGGACUGCGUCCUCUUCCUGAGACGGUGCUCAGCUGGAGAAUCUUCAGUGGGUUUCCAUUUCUCUGAUGAAACAUUAGAAUAUUCUCAUUCACUCGCAUGUAGCCGGCGUGUAACGCAGGAUUUCACACUGAAGCCUUAACAGAGAAGGGCUUUGAUUCACUUUUAGACGAGGAGUUUGAUGAGCGACGUACACGACUGAGCGGGUUCAUGUGUUUGUGAGGUUUCUUUCCUGUUUGACAGUGACGUCGGUUCGAUUCCACCGUGGCAGCAGUCAACAUAAAAUAAACACAGCUGAUUGGGCAGAAAACAUCAGCCUUAAAACGG